CCUGGUUACAAUGAACAAACUGUUCCGUGUUCGCGAAUUCGAUGUGUGGAAAUUUCCAGAAGCAUAAUUACUAAUACUACAACUCAGGUCAGUAGGAGACUACUACAACUGGCGGUCAAUCAAUUUUGUUACAGACACUGCUUUAUUUAUUACACAACAGUCCGGUACGCCACUAGCACUGGCAGCUAGCAGAGUGCGGAGCAGUAGAAGCCCUACUAAACUAAAGAAGUAACACUGUAAAGUAAAGAGUAAAGUCAGGGUCAGGAAGGAGCGCUUACCCAUAGUGUUCGUACAACACGACGCGACGUGAGUUGAAGAAGUAAUUAGUUGAUGUUUGAUCCAUGGAAGACUUCAUGGCGGUGGGGGCAUCCGGCCAAGCACUAGAAGCAGAUGUUGCUGCUGCCGCUACUCUACUUUGGAAGUCACAUCGCUACUAGAAACUAGUCCUGCGCAUCUGGCCAGCGCUAGCUACCAGCUAUGAACUCCAAUUUGUUUGCCCGUCUGGGUGGCCUGGCGCUGUGCCUACUGCUAGUCUUCUAUCAGAUUGUCUACUUCAAUGAUCAGCUGUUAUUGAUGGCGGGGUAUAAUGUGCUUCGGCAUCCUCCGUUCGUAGUGCAUUUGGAUUUCAAGGGCGCUGUUCCGCGAACCGACUACAUCCUGCAGCUGGUGACAUGGCUCGGCCAGCGCAAAGUGUCCGGAAUCCUCGUGGAGUAUGAGACGAUGUUCCCAUUCGAUGGCAAGCUAGCCGAUCUGAGUACGAAACACCACAUGAGCCACGAGGAUAUAGCAGAUAUGCUGCUGACAGCCGAUAGGACGGGCAUGGAGGUCAUACCGUACGUGAACACCUUCACCGAUCUACAGUAUGUAGUGGACAACGCCGAUGCAUUCGACGAUCUUGUCAAGUCGUUUGGCGGCCAGACUCGCAAUAGUUGGAAUACGUGUCACAAGCACAAACUGCCAGAGCGUCUCGUCACAGAAAUAGUGGAUCAGGUCCUGUCACUGCACCCAAACUCUCGCCACAUAUAUAUCGGAUCCAGUAAACUUGCUGAAUUAAACACCGACACGGAGUGUCUGAUAAUGGAAAAGGAGAACCGGAUUGGAGAGCUCUACUAUAGACAUGUUCAAUAUAUCAGCCAACAUAUUCAUCACAAUUGGCCUGGUGUGACCGUAUUGGCCGCAGCUGAUGCAUUGGCGGAUUUGUCAGAAGUACAACUCAAGGCGAUUUCAGAGUACAUGCAACCCGUCGUAGUGGAGACCGAUGUAGUGCGCAGCAACGAUACAGAAUCACUCAUCACAAUUGGCGUGGACUACUUUAGUAAAGUCUGGGGUGCAUCGUCGUACAAAGGCAUGCGCCUUCCCAGCGCAAACUAUGUUCACCUCAAGGACACCCUGAAGAACAAUGGGCGCUGGAGAGAACUUAUCGGCGGAGUGAGGCGCUCAGAUUUCGGCGGCCUAUUUCUGAUGGGUCGCUCACGCCAAGGCUACCGUGCGCCAUUGUGCGAGCUAAUACCGGUCGCCUUACCAUCCUUGGCACUUGCUAUGAAUGUGGUGCUGAACAAUUUUACUUUGGAGGUCGGCCACAGAACAGCUGUUGGGCUGGGCUUCAAUGGGUUUGUGUAUGAGCGGCCGUUCAUCGAAGCGGGCAGAUUGAAGUUCCCGGGCAGUACCGUCUUCAAGGCAGUAUCUGAGCUGGAGGUGACUAUGAACGAUAAUAAAUACAGGACCAUGAUCAACAUUGACGUAGACUUUCUGCAGCGCCUCGAGUCAUCACUGCGCUCCGUGUAUCCCAGACAUGUGGUGAAAGAGUGGAUGAAACUCAAAGUGACGGCGUGGACAGACAAGGACGUACAUGAGAAGCUGCGGCCGUACGGGGGCGGUAAUGUCCUCAGUACAGUUCCGCCGACUGCAGAGCCGGUGAGGUUGGAUAAGCGCGGAGCUGUCUGGCUUGGCAGUGAUGAGGUCCACUACUGAUUAGGAGGUGAAGUCGUUCUCAUCAUCGCCACUCUUGAUUAUCCUGGCCCGGGGCAGCCGCAUUAGUCCGUGAAGCAUUACGCAAUACUCGUCUCCUGUGGAUUCGCUCAAGAUUGUAGGCAUUCCCCAAACUUAAACUACACAGACAUCUUUGAAUUGUUGCAAGUGCCGGGGCCUUGAACUGACACAUGGUGACACUGUGUAGACUUCAGGCCGUAGAGAGCUGAGAAUCAAAUCUCUCAUACAGUUUCUACAAGGCCACACACCAUAUCAGCACGGCUGGGUGAAAAACUGAACCGCGGCACUUCCGGACGUUGCAAAGUCCUCCAAACGUAUCCCGCAUGGAGUCAAGUUUACUGACUGCGUUCCUCGGCUGGAUCACGUACCACGAUAGCACUGGUAUUGGGACUCUUUGGUGUACUAUGGGUAUCUGGGGACACGCACUCUUAUCUAUGCAUACAGUGUAUGGGGACACAUGCUCUUAUCUAUGCAUACAGUGUAUGGACAUGCAUUGCUCGAGGGGACCUAGACUGUUGCGCCGUGCCGCUGCAACUGCUGUAGUUUCUUUACACCGUAUUAUCACACGUAGCAGGUCUACUGUGUUAGAACACACAUAGCAUUGUGUUGACCCUAUUCUUAGUUACCUCCAAGCUAGUGUUUCGUCCGUGGGCUGGAGCCCAGCAGGAUGCUUGAUGUGCCUUGAGCUUGAUCACCUAGGUAGGUAGGCACCAUGUCACAAGUGCAGCAUUGAGUACUGUACCCGUCAGGUUGUGUAUCUGUUGUAUAAGUACUUUUAUGACACCCUAGCUACAGGCUUACCCCACAUCAUUAUUUUCAAGAAUAUUACUGGUCUAGUUUUGUUACAGUCAUGUGCCAAGCGAAUAGUUUGUGCGUAUGCACCACCUCUUGA